UCUGCCGCUCAGCCGCGUUUACCGCCUAUCUCCGCGUUAGGGCAGUAGUAGUGUAGUACAUAGCUGUCGGAAAAGCAAAAGGUAAACGGCAAAAGUAAAAAAGUCAACAGCGCAACCCGAAGGCGGCAUUUGAAGAGCAUUUUGGCUCACGCAUACCCGCAGCAAACGUAUUUCACCAAUAAAUGCGGUUUGCCCAAAUGUGGUAAAAAUAGCAGCAGCCAACGCCGCACCGUCGUUGUUGUUGUUUUCGACACCGACGUCGCAGCCCACUCAAACGGCAAAUUGAAGAAAAAUACCAUCAACCGAAAAUCGGUGCAAAAAGCCGCCAAAAACGGGUGUAAUAAGAACAGCAAGAGGUUGCAAAUCGAAACGUGCAGCACGGGCACGCGGAAUAAGUGAGAGAGGGCAAGUGCAGCGUCGCCGCUAAUACCUAGACAGUCACACACACACAUAUAAAUAAUAUAUAUACACAUAUACUAUAUUGGAAAAUAUAUACAGACACCUUUAAAAUAUACACAAUGUCAAAAAAACGACCGCAGCUCAAGAUUGAUAUGAAGCCGGACACGGAACCUUCGCUAGCUCCACCGCGUAAUUUGGACUCACGCGCCACCAUCCAAAUCGGCGAAAAAACAUUCGACAUCGAUGCCGAUAGCCUAGAAAAGAUUUCCGACCUGGGUCGGGGCGCUUAUGGCAUUGUUGAGAAGAUGCGUCACCGUCAAACGGGCACUUUGCUCGCCGUCAAGCGCAUACCUAUGACGGUUAACUUCCGUGAACAGCAGCGCCUGAUCAUGGACUUGGAUAUAUCUAUGCGUUCAAGCGAUUGUUCCUAUACAGUGCACUUUUAUGGUGCUAUGUACCGCGAGGGCGACGUGUGGAUAUGCAUGGAGGUGAUGAAUACCAGUCUGGACAAAUUCUAUCCGAAAGUCUUCGAACAUGAUCUGGCUAUGGAUGAGAGCGUGCUGGGCAAGAUUGCCAUGAGUGUAGUUAGUGCUUUGCACUAUCUACAUGCCCACCUUAGUGUCAUACACCGGGAUGUAAAGCCAUCGAACAUACUAAUCAAUCGCAGUGGUGAAGUGAAAAUAUGCGACUUCGGCAUUUCAGGCUAUCUCGUGGACUCUGUCGCGAAAACCAUUGACGCUGGCUGUAAGCCCUAUAUGGCGCCUGAGCGCAUCGAUCCCCAGGGCAAUCCUGCACAAUACGACAUACGCUCAGAUGUUUGGUCGCUGGGCAUUAGUAUGAUAGAAAUUGGCACCGGUCAAUAUCCGUACAGCAAGUGGAAAACACCAUUCGAGCAAUUGCGUCAGGUUGUCAAGGAUGAUCCACCACGUUUGCCGCCCGGAAAAUUUUCGCCAGAUUUCGAAGACUUUAUAGCAACGUGUUUGAAAAAGGAGACUACAGAGCGGCCCAACUACGAGCAGCUGCUCCAACACAAAUUUAUAGUGGAGCAUUUACAACGCAACACGGAUAUCUCGGAGUUCGUGGCCAGAAUACUGGACUUGCCCGAUGAGCAGAAGCCACAGUAAAUUACAUCUUCAAAUCGCAAAUAAACUGCCGCCGUCUUCUGUUAAUUUUUUAUGAACAUACAUACGCACUUAUGUAUGUGUAUAAAUGCAUAUGUAUUUCUAGAUGUGCACACAUAAUUAUAUGUGCGGAUAAACUAAGAUUAUUCGCGUAAAUAAUAAUAGAAAAAAAUGCAUAUUGGAUUUAAGCCAAAACGAAAAAAAUCAUACAAAAUCAAUAUGUACUACGUGCCGUUGCCGCACAUUUCGCCUUAAUGCAACGCUCAAAACAACUAAUGGUAAACAUUAUCGACAACCAAACUGUGCCUGUUCUGGUAGCAUCGCUAGCAAUUUAUGUUUAAUGCAAAUUAUUUAUAUAAUCAAGAGUUGAUUACUGCAUAUACAUAUAACUACUGUAAAAUACAAACUGAAUAUGAAAAUGUGAUGCGACCUCAGCUAGCGGAUCAAUGAUGAUGAUAUCCUAAUACUGAGAAAUAUGUACAUACAUUCAAACAUACAAGCAUAUGUAUAUUUAUAUUGGCCUCAAAGCAAUUAACCAUAUAUAGUGAAGCCAGAAAAAAAAAAUUAUGGUCCAGAAAAGAAAAUAAUGAGCAAAUGUUUAACAAUUGAGUGUGUUGCAUAAUAAAUGUUUAAAGCAAAGUUAUAUAUUACAUAUAUAAGAGAAAAAAUUGUGAAAAAUAAGCUAAAUCACACAAAACGUUGUAAGACAACAAAAAUAAACAGCCUUAAAACUUA